AUGUCGAAGCCUAUCAAGAAUAUUCUCGUCAAGCUUAUAGUGGGUGCUGGACAGGCUGCUCCUUCUCCGCCUGUUGGUCCAGCUUUAGGUUCAAAAGGUAUAAAAGCCAUUGAUUUCUGCAAAGAGUUCAAUGCACGCACAGCUAGUUACCAACCAGGGACUCCUGUUCCAGUAUAUAUCACGAUAAAACCAGACCGCUCAUUUAACUUUGAAAUGAAAUCCCCACCAACCGGUUACUUGCUGCUGAAAAGUCUAGGUAAGGAAAAAGGUAUGGGACAACCCAACGUCAAAACUGCAGCAGGCACAUUGGGAGAAAUCUCACUGAAACAUGUCUACGAGAUUGCCAAGAUCAAGAAAAGCGAUGGCAGACAUUCAACUCUGGAAAUGAAUAACAUUGUAAAAUCGGUUGUGGGAGUAGCCAAGAGCAUGGGUAUCAACGUGGUACCCUAA